AUGUCAGACGAUCCAAGCUAUCAACAUCUUCAUCCAAGUAUUCAGGCCGAAAGCUCGACCCCAUACUCAAGCAAGGAGCAAGAAAAAUCGUACGGCUGCGCCUUUCUCCAAAUGGUCCGCUCACAAAUGGAGGAUUAUCCAACCACCAAUGGCGAAUAUCUCGACGCCAUCUUCACCCACCGCGAAAUCUUGUACUCGUAUCCGGCUGCCCACUGGGAGUGCGCCCGUGCCUUCACUGACAUCGCCUAUAUGUUGGAGAAAAGGGCAUGGCGAGCAGACCGAGAGGCGGACACUGAAGCUGUGUCUGCAUUCCGACAUGAAGCAUGGGUUAUCGCAUCAUCUCUGGCCCCUAUACCAAUUAAUCCAGUCGAACCGACAGCCACUACGAUGAGUUCAGGUCACGCCGAGACCAAAAGCACAACACUGGACAGGCUAAACUUAUAA